ACGGGCUAUUUCAACACAUAUUGGAGGGGAAACUCUGUAACUGUUUUAGCUAAAAAAAAGAAAAAUUCAAUGAUAACUCUUCAGCUCCUUCCUCAGUUCCCUUCCCUUCAAAACCCUAACUUUACCAUUAUCAACUCUUCAACACCCUCAAGAUUUCCAACUUGCAAAUUCAACCCCCAAAAGAUUCAAACUUUCAAUCACUAUACAUAUAAGAAACCUCAAAAUCAAUGCUUUAUAUGUAAAGGGGUUAAAGAUGAGACAAAAAAGACAGUUUUGGACCAAGAAGGAGGUGGUGGUGAUGGUGGUGGAGAUGGUGGUGGUGGAGAUGAUGAACAAUUGGAGGGGCAAAAUGGGGUUUUGCCAGAAUGGUUGAAUUUUAGUUCAGAUGAUGCUAAAACUGCUAUUGCAGCAGUGGUUAUAUCACUUGCAUUUAGGUCAUUUGUAGCUGAGCCAAGGUUUAUACCUUCUUUGUCUAUGUAUCCCACAUUUGAUGUUGGUGAUAGAAUUGUAGCUGAAAAGGUCAGUUACUAUUUUAGAAAGCCAUGUCCGAAUGACAUAGUAAUAUUCAAAGCUCCUCCAGUUCUUCAGGAAGUAGGAUACACAGAUGAUGAUGUCUUUAUCAAGAGGAUUAUUGCAAAGGAAGGUGAUAUUGUUGAGGUUCAUGAAGGAAAGCUGAUCGUAAAUGGGGUUGUAAGAAGUGAAGAUUUUAUAAAUGAGGCACCCAAAUACGAAAUGACACCAGUGUUGUACUACAGCGUGUACCUGAGAAUUCGGUAUUUGUUAUGGGCGAUAAUCGGAACAACAGCUACGAUUCGCAUGUGUGGGGAACCCUUCCUGCGAAGAACAUAAUAGGCAGGUCCAUAUUUCGGUAUUGGCCGCCAAAAAGAAUUGGCGGGACAGUUCUUCCUGAAAGUUGUGCUGUCGACAAGCAGCAAGAGAGUAGUUUAACGCCCCAAUAACUUAUUUCGCCUGAAAAAUUGAAGUCGCGGUUUCUCCUUUCUUCUUUUUGGAAUUGAUGAAAAUGUAGAAGUAAUGAUCUAUUCAAUAUUUGGCACUGCAAUUAUUUUUGCAUUGUGCCAUAAUUGGAAACAACAUCACUAUCCCACAAAGGUAGGGUCGGCGUACAUCCCACCCUUCGGAUACCCCACUUGUGGGAUCACAUUGGGUUCGUUGUUGUUGUAGCAGUACCAUAAUAUGUCUAGUUUGAGGUAGGAUGUAAUGUAUAUUAACAGGCAUUUGACUUAGUGCUCUUUUCCAAAUAAUAUCUCUUCCCUAUUCUUCAAUUGUA